CAAUGGCGUAGCAAUACAGCAACAUAGCGUCACCUACGGGCUCAGCUGUUUCCCGCCACCAGAAAUCGACGGCAAGUCGUCAGAGUGUGUUGUGCGGAUUUUUCGCUCUCGCGGUCUCGCUAGUAGGGUUACCAGACGUCGUAGCUCAACUCAGAGGUUCUUUUUUUCGGGUGGUCCGCACCGUGUGGAUUUUUGUCGGCAACCCCACUGGCGCUUUGCGAAAACAACAAUUCGAAUUGAGGAGGAAGGAACGAAAAAUAAAGUACAUCUUGGCUGGAGGAAAUACGUACCGUUCCGUAUAUUGUAUUAUUCUCGGGAAAGAAGCGGCGAAUUACAAGUCGAGAAGGGAAACGCGGAAAAACAAACUCGUCGGAAAGUUUUGCGGGAAGUGAGUGCGAGCGAGGAGUUGCCGGUUCAUUAAAUAUUGUUGUUGAAAAUUCCAAGUGUAAGGUGUAAUCAAGAAUCGGCGAGGCAAGUGGAACCCAGAAAUUUUCUAGUCGGAGGAUUAUCUUCUUCUGUUCUGCGAAAAGAAGGAGGAAAUGUAACUGCAUCGGAGCUUCUUCGAUUCUCAUGGUCUCAACGACACACGUGAUUCGGUGAUAAAUUUCACGCAAUAGGCUACUUUGUUGUUGGCUGAUUGAUAGUGUGGUUUGAAAAACAGCACCGGUAAAGUGUGCGCUGAAAAUAAUCCGGCAGGGCCGGACUACUGCUAUUGAGAUAAGAAGAAAGCGAAAUAGGCCGCGGCCAGUAUAGAUAAAAACGCGAGGGGUGUUCCAAAACGCAUGUUCUUGGGCUGGCGAAUUAAGUGAAUCCAUAUACAUGGAAUAUCUUCCUUGGCGGGUGACCAGAAGAAAGUAAUUCGAUUAUCGCCUGGCGCGCAGUUCAUGAAUUAGAAAAGGAAGAGAAGCAGCAAGUGAUUCCGAUUUUCGGGGUGGAUUUCGGCUCAGCUGUCUCGAUGCAACAAAGUUGGGGGUGUUCCGAUUUUCGGGUAGUGUGAGUUAGAGGGUAGCAACAAUUUGUAAAACAACAACGUAAAGUGUAACGAGCGUAACAAUAACAAAGGUAGCAACAACAAAAAAAACAUCAGCAGCCGUAAUUGGAUAACAACAUUCACCGAAGAAGUUAAAGGAAGAAAAAAACUAGAUAAUAAAAAUAAGAGAAAAAAGUUAUAAUACAUGAUACACAAUUGCUUAUCGUGAAAGCGAAAUUGAGUUCCAUUCCUUUGAAGAAAAAAGUUUCCCCUCUGAAGGAGAGAAAAUACCUUGAAUAAAAAAAAAGUUAAGCACCCACCCAAAUUGGUGGCAAUCAAAAAGCGAUUCUCAACAGUUAAGAAAAAAUCAAGCGAUAGUGAAUUGGUGCGAAUUGUCGGAAUUGUCACACCAAAUUGUCCCUAAACGAAAAAAAAGUGGUUCACAGUUUAAAUCAUUCGAGAAUAGGAAAGGAUACCUUCCUUAACUUGUGUGGAUUAAAGAUUAACAACUAGGCUCAACAACCAACAACACAACUCCUGCUGGGUGGGAGGGUUCUUACCGAGAAGAUAAACUGAAAAAACGACGACACGAUGUCAUCGACGACGCAGACUACGACGACCCUGGAAGUCUGGUGUAAGCCGGAGGAUCCCCAGAUGCAGGACAUAAUCGAGGAGGAGUCAGCAGUCAGGUAAGCGGCUUCAAACCCCAAACUUUGACUAGGACAAAAUUAUCAUCAUUGCCAGCAAGCACCAUCUCCUCUGCUAACAAUUUUAGUCACAAAGUGGUGUGGUAAGUGAACUUGAAUAGUUUCUGUGUGGGUUUGUGACAUCGGUUUGAACUGCAGAAGCAGCUUCUUCGUUGGAAUGAUGCAGUAUUUUAAAAUUGAGUUCUGAGAAGACAUUGAUUAUAAAUCUUUAUUCAGAGGGACAAUUAUACCUCCGGAGGGAUAAUCUUGGUUCCGGGUUUUUUAAUUUGAUAUUCAGAUUUUAAACUCAAUAUUUUGAAAUAAGGCCCCGUCAAAAUAUAUUUUCUUUACCUUGAAUUUUUUUAUUCAUUGGUUUUAGAUUGCAUCAACUUCACAACAAAAUGCAUUUCUUGGAUCGGUAGCAUGAUUUGCAAUUGAUUCGGAUGUUGAUAUGAGCCAAAACUUUGGCGGUGGUAUAUUCUUGUACUGAUGAGUUUUUGUCCAGGAAAGGAGUCCAGGAAAGCUUAAUACGGUGUGAACUACAAAUAAAACUGUGUUAGAAAACUACGUCAAAAUGCUGUGUGGGAUGAGCCUUAAUCGAUCCGACAAAUCGAAUGUCAGCCUUAAUUUCGUUUAACAGCAAGAAAGUCAGCCAUCAACAACUCAAAACUGGAAAAAUAGUGGUUAACAUCCACAGAUUAGGACCUACUCCAAACAGUGCAUGAAGAUAUUUGCACAUAAUUGGCAAAGAAAUUUUGCGCCGAAUGGCAUUAUCCUUUCAGAAAAAAAAUCCUUCACUUCUUUCAUAACACAUGCAGUAGGGAUUGAAAAUAUUGAAGAUUACACGGAGAACAAAGUAUAGUUCCAUCAAUAAUAUUCCGCCUAUAUUAAAUCAUAUUGAUGAUUGAUUCUCGAUCAACUGUAUUAAUUCAAUAUUCAACUGUAUUUGUAUGAUUGGUUUUAUAAGUGCAACUAUAAAUAUGAUAGGUACAACUACAAUUGUAUGAUUGAUUCAAUCAUAACUAUAAUAACUAUUUUAACUAUAACAUACUGGUUGUUGUUGGGUAUUCAACUAUAUAUUGUAGAUUCAACUCUAGUGCUAUGGUUGAUUUAACUAUAAAUAUGAUUGAAUCGAUUAUGCUUCUAUGAUUUGUUUUCUGUGUUCAACUAUAUAUUUACAGUUUUUUUUUUCAGAUUGUUCCUGGAUUUAUUUUUAUCAUCCUUUCGGUCUUAUAUAUAUUUUGUUUAUUUUUUAUUAUAUAAAAGCACAAAAAAAUUUAUGGUAACAAAGAAUGAUUUGAUUUUGUUAACAGUCAGCACAUCAAUGGUUUUGGCUCUGUCCAGCCAUUUCUGGAUUCAUCUACGUCAAGCUUUGCCCAAAAAAGUUGAAUCGGAUAGCAGUUUAGUCAAUUCGUAAAUAUAUCUCCAAAAAGUUUGGAGUAUGCUAAUUCGACAUUAACGAUUCGAGCUGUUUAAAAGUGAUUUGUUUUACGAUAAAUGGGCGGGCUUUUAAUUGACACUCUAUCUAGUCUCUCCCUUUCUUCCUUUGACCGGUUCGUAAAGACAAAAUCUCACCUAUAGAGCUAUAUCGUGUAUCAUAUCGUCUGAUAAGUUGGCAUCGUGGUAAAAUACAGGACAGCGAACUCGGAGGACUGGAAUUCAAAUCUGGGUCGAGGAGUUUUUUUCGUUUUACUCAAAUUACUUAAAAUCGUUUUUUAUCUUUUUGUUGGGAAAUCGAAUCGUUGGAAUUUUGUCAUUGGAGAUAUAUCGCCUCCACUUUUGUAACUAUAUACUAUUUCGGUAAGUUUAAUACAAUCUUUUCAUCUGGUAUAUUUGUUUGAAUACUUCUGUUGUUCCUGUGAUAUACCUUCUUAAAUGUUUGCUGGGAUCCAACUGGGACGUCCAAGGAUUCCUCCAGCGGAUUUUUUUUGGAAUUGAGUUGCUGUCGCAUGUGGCUUGAACUGACCUAAAGGAAGGAAAAAUUUGGUCGCAAGUUUAUUCAAACAGGCAAAUGUAUGCUAUUCAAUUAUAUCUUUGCAAAAUAGCGUCUGUUUUUGCCAUUGGUAAACAUCAGUUGUCUGCUGAAGACACACUAACUACACUUAUGUACGUGUAGUGUUUGGAUGUGUAUGUAUUUAUUCAAGUAUCGCACAAUCGAUCAUAAAUAUAUCGUUGAAUUUACUAUACUGAUAGUCCAGUGCUUAAGAUCAAUCAUACAUUUUUUAGUAGAAUCUACCAUAUUUACAGUUGAAUCAAUUAUACCACUACAAUUGAAUUUAUCAUAGUUAUAGUUAAAUGUUAGAGGCCAAUCAGAAAAGUAAAGUAAAAUCUAUUAUAUCUAUAAUUGAAUGCUUAAAAUUAAUCAUAGAAUUGUAGUUGAAUUUAUCAUAUUCAGGGUGGCCACAGAACCGGGAAAACCGGGAAAACCGGGAAAACCGGGAAAAAACCGGGAAUUGAAAAUCGAACCGGGAAAACCGGGAAAAAACCGGGAAUUUAGACUCAAAACCGGGAAAAUUUAGCAAAGGGAACCGAAAUUCAGUUUUGGUUCCAAGAUCAAGGAAUCAAUCUACAAUUCUAAAUUCAGAAUAAUAAUUUGAAUUUCAAAGACAGAAUUGAACAGUUCAAAAAAUCAUAUCAUAAGUAUCAUAAGAAUAUCAUAAGUUUUUAAACUUAUUAACUACUGUGAUUUCUCUUCAAUUACCCUUCAAAAUAAAAAAAAAAACAAAAAAAAUUCACCGAAACCCUGAGUUUAAACCUGCCUCGAAGAAAGAGAUGAAAAAUCUAAAAAUUCUCUUAAAUUUUUUUCAGAUAUCGCAAAUCAUGAUUCAUUAAAAAAAAACUAUCAAUCAUGUAGAAACAAACGAAUCAAAGAUCUUUUUUUUUAUAAUUGGGAAAUUUUGAAAAGAUGAUAAUAUUCUAAUUUUUCAGUGAUUUAAUUCGCAGUUUACUACAAGACGUCAAAGUAAUCGGUUGUACAACUGAGUUCUCUUAGCUUUUUCCAUACCAAGUAGUGAUGUGAUACAAGUAUCUGAAGCUUUUGAUUUUUUGAGGUUAUAAAGGCCACGUGAAAUAAUGUCGGAACCUAAAAUCAGGAUUCACACUCUUCGAUUUUCAUUCGGAAAGGAUGCAGCAGAACCAACUGAAGCAGAAAUGUUCCAGUUCUGUGAGGACAGAUGCUUCAAGCCGGAAGAUUUGUAUUCGGUACACAAAGAAAGAGAAUCACGAUCAAUCCUUGUCAAAUUUAAUAAUGAGCUGUUGCUGAAUUCUUACGUGUGUAAUCUGCGACCAGUGCAUACUUUUUCAUAUGUAAAUGGAACCACUACUGAAGUUGCAAUGACGGAAGCUGGAGUUAACCUUAGGUACGUAAGAAUUUUUAAUCUUCCUCCUGAAUUGGAAGAUAGUGAAAUAUGUAACGCAUUAGCACCUUUCGGAACAAUAAGAAGUCAGGUACGAGAGAAAUAUCAUAGAAGCACAGGUUACCCCGUGUUCUCUACAGUGAGAGGGGUAUACAUGGAGAUCAGCAAGGAGAUUCCCUCAAAGCUUCGAUUUGGAGACUUCCAGGCCAGACUUUAUCACGACGGAAUGGUGAACAAGUGUUUUUUGUGCCAAAGUAACGAACAUUUUAAGGUUAACUGCCCGCGACGGAAUGGUGAAAUGAAACGUGUCUCGGUUCAAGGUCGUUUGUACAGCAGUAUAGCAGCUGGAACUCAAGUUGCGGAAACGCUUUUGUCCAACCCAGAAAGUGUUCAGCCAACAGAAAGCUCUUCGAUAGUACUCAAUAAGACCAAAAGCUCAUUGCAAACAAUAACGCCCAUCAGAAAAGCAAAACCAGAAGAAUCAACGCAACCAGCGCAGAGUGUCGAUGAGCACAUAACGGAAAAUUCGCAAACAAGUACUGUAGCGCAACGGAUGGUUCAAGAGCUUUCAUCGUCGGAGCAAUGGAAACGAGUUCCAAAGCGUGGAAGAAAACUCAAAAAGAAUGAAGACAAUGAAAGCCAGUCAUCAAAUGGAUCGGAAGCUGGAACACCAAUCUUUGUGCCAGACAAGGUAUUUUUCCUGGAAUUUGAACAGAAAAGAACGAGGAGUAAAUGUAAACAAUUGAAAAUAGAAUUGAAACAGGAAAAAAGCCAGAGCAUCGUAAAAAGAAGUGGAUUGUGCCGCUCAAAAAGUAAAUAGAUAAAUAUUUGUAAGUGAAUAUUCGUUUUUAUUCUCGCUGUAUUCAGUAACUGGAAUAUAGUUGAGAAAAUAAUUUAAAAAUGAUGAGCGAGUGAAAAGAAAAAAAAUUAAAAAUAUUUACAGAAAUGAAAG